AUGGAAAAGGACUAUGUUCUAGGAAAACAAAUUAGAGUUGCUGACUCUUUGUCACGCAAUUUUGUUGAUGAAACAUUCCCAAGUCUUUCUAAAGACAUGGAAGCCCAUGUACACUCUGUAAUGGCAAACCUCCCUAUCAGUGACAGAAAACUGAAAGAGAUUGAGAGAGAAUCAAAUGCUGAUGAACAAUUUCAGUUGCUUAAGCACACCAUACUUAAUGGUUGGCCUGAAUGCCGUAGAGACUGCCCCCCUCAAAUUAUAGAAUUCUGGAAUCACAGAGAUGAACUGACCAUCACAGAUGGUAUCUUGCUUAAGGGUACCAAUGUUUUGAUUCCCCACUCACUUGGAGCUAAGAUACUAGAAUGCAUAGGUCUUAUGGGUAUUGAGAAAUCACUCAAGACGGCACGCACAUCAGUAUUUUGGCCCAAAAUAUCAUCUGAUAUCAAUGACUUAGUGUCAAAUUGUGAUGUAUGUCUGAAGAACAGAUACUCAAAUCCCAAGCAACCCCUCCAACCACACCCGGUGCCUGAUUGUCCCUGGCAGAUUGUUGCCACAGAUUUGUUCUUUUGGAACAACAAAGAUAUUUUAAUUGUCACUGACUACUAUAGUCGACACUUUGAAGUCGUCCAGCUUCGAGAUACCCAGAGCAAAACAAUAAUUACGAAGCUUAAAAGCAUGUUUGCUAGGUUAGGCAUCCCCCAAAAAGUAGUGUCAGACAAUGGCCCCCAGUAUUCUUCUCAAGAAUUUGCAAGUUUUUCAAGAGAGUAUGACUUAAUUCAUGCAACUUCCUCCCCAAGGCAUCCUCAGUCAAACGGUUUAGCAGAAAAGUCGGUGUAA